GAGCUGCCCAAAUGCCCAACGAGUUAUUGUUCCCUCUCAUUCUUGGCACAGACUGCGCAUGCGCGAACAUUCAACAACGUUCUGCCUCAGAAAGACGCUAGUACUCCGGAGCCUCAGCAUCAGCCAUGACUGAACAAAGAAACGGUGUGCACACGCCUCCCGCGUUUGCCUUCAUCGAAGAAGCAACCCAGGGUACAAGCCGUGAAGGCGGUGAGGGUGCUUCAGGCACUUCCGACGAUUACACUACAUAUCUUCUACUCUACCUGGAAGCACUGAGUCAAAGGCCAAUAUGUAUGCCUGAUCCUACGAUUUCUGACGGAUACAUCAAUGACGCGUGGGAGGCGUUGAACAGCCGGAACGAUGCCACUGACGUCAAAGAUGCCACUGACAUGGGAAGCACCAAUUACGCGCCUGCAAUAACCACCGCCAGGACCGAUCACGCCAGGCCCAGUAAGAGCCACGCUGGCAUCCAGAAAUUAUCGUCAACAACGAAAGACAUCGCUAGGUGACACAACAUUUUGAAAUAUUUCUUGACAUAAACCAACCUAGCCAUUUGGGGAACUGCGACUGCGACCGUACCGCUC